UAAGUCUUUUAAAAACAAAAAAAAAAGGAUUAAGACAUGGGAAUGAACCUUGACGGUAAGAUUGUGAAAAUGCUUAGAGAGACAUUUAUUCUAGUGCAUAUGUCGAAUGAAAGUUUUAUUAUUAAGAACAAAAAAACACGCAUGUUUAUGUGAUUUUUAAUUUUAGCGGAAUUUCAACGAGCUGUAAAAAUUUCAACUGGUUUUGAACUUGAAUCAAAUAUAAUUGCUCUUAUAUUUCGAAUUUUUGAUGCAGAUGCUGAUCAACAUUUAAGUUAUGAUGAAUUUAUGUCUGUUAUGAAAAAUCGACUUUCACGUGGUUUUCAGACAUCUGAUUCUACUGAAGUAUCAAUUUCAAAGUUUGAUCAAUUUAAACGUUGUUUUCGUGAUCGAGCUAAAGAAUACUGA